UAACAACCACAAAUGUGUUGCGAACAUGUCCCAUUAAUUGUCCGUUACGGCUAGAGACAGAUCAGACCCAGGAUAGCUAUUGUCUUGACAAGGGCAUUUGAUUUGGGACCUGUAGGCUUAAUUCAUGGACCUUGGGAUAUGCAGGCUUACUUGACGAAAGAUUGGUACCAGACGAAAGAGGAACUCGGGUUGUAUAUAUACAUAAAGAAGAAAUAAACAAUUAACUUUAUAAUUUUCUUAAAAUUUUCUAAGAUAAAAAUAAUCUGUACAAUACGCAAUACGCAAUACGCACGGAUAAAUAAAUAUUUCAAAAUUAUGUCUUGAAUUAUUCAUCUUAGUUUUUAUUAAAAUCGAUUUAUCUAUUAAAAACAAAUAACUUGCAGACAGCUGUGACCGUUAUCAUAUCACAUAUGUAUGUACAGAAUUGACACGUCACAGAUAUUAAUAUCAGUCACUAUUGUUAUUUCUCAUAUUUUGCUCGCAUCGUUAGGAACUCGUUUCAUUUAAAUUGAAAAUUAUCAAACAAAUAUUUUAAUGUCGGUCGAAUUUGAACAAAAUUAUAAUAUGCGGGUCCGGUCUUUGUGCCCAGCUUUGGCAGAAAUAGCACGAGUUGAAUUGAAUGAAGACACCAAGAGUCUUGAAGAAAGUAUACGAUGUUUAAAGCAAUGGAUACAAAAACAACCACAUUUAAGAGCUAGAACCGAUGACCAAUGGCUAGCUGCGUUUUUACGUGGAACUAAAUUUAGAUUAGAACAAACCAAAAGCAAAAUGGACCUCUAUUAUUCACUAAGAAGUACGGCGCCGUAUCUUUAUAAUAUUAAAUAUUAUGAUCCUAAGGUUAUAGAAAUUAUAAAUAUAGGAUGCACUUUAAUAUUACAGAAAACUAAGAACCCAGCGGAUCCCAGAGUUAUUAUAUACCGCUUAGGUUUAUGUGAUCCCAAAAAAUUCUCUUUGAUAGACAUAUUAUCAGUCUUUGGAUUUCAAGAACAGAUUUGUUUUAUGGAAGACGAUAAUUUCGUUGUUUCUGGAGCAGUUAAUGUUGUGGAUUUAACCGGUUCUACACUUGCCCAUUACACAUCAACAUCUAUCAAACAGAUAAGAAACAUAAUUAGAGCUAACCAGGAAGCGGUACCAUUGAGAAUAAAAUCAAUGCAUUUCAUCAAUACUUCACCGUUUUUGGAAACAUUUCUUAACAUAAGCAAAAGAUUUAUGAGUGAAAAAAGCAAAAAUAGAAUAAUGAUACACAAUAAGAAUAUAGAAUCUUUGCAUGAAUACGUACCAAUAGAAGUAUUACCAGAGGAGUACGGAGGAACGGGUGACAGUAUUCAGAGUUGUAUAGAUCAUUGGAAGAAAAAAAUGUCAGACUACAGUUCAUUCUUUGAAGAUGAUCUGAAAUUUGGAAGUGACGAGUCAAAACGUCCGAGAAAAUCUAUAACACAGUUUGUCGUUUCAAACGGGUUUAAGAUUAUUUCACGUCGUAUUUCGUGUGUGAAAGACAUUGGUCUGAAUUGCAUAAAAAUUGUCGUGUGUUAUAAAAAUAAAUUGACGAUACCACAAAUGAUACGCGAAUUAUCUCCGGAAUUGGCAAAAAUUGCCAAGAAUGAGUUGAAUGAAAAUCCAACUCAAGUUGCCAGUGAUUUACAAAAUUUAAAGGAAUGGAUAUCAAAGCAGUCCCAUUUGAGGGCAAGAACAGAUGACCAGUGGCUUAUUGCUUUACUCAGAGGCUGCAAGUUCAGUCUAGAACGUGUAAAAGCGAAGUUAGAUCUAUUCUACACUUUACGGACAACUGCUCCUGAAGUUACCUUACGACAAAAACCGACUGAACCUCAAUUUUUGGAAUUUCUCAGACUAGGUACAUGCGUUAUUUUGCCUCAACCCAAAAACUCGCUAAGCCCUUGUGUUAUCCUUAUACGAGCGGGAGAAUAUGAUCCAGAUAAAUAUAAUGUUGCCGAUAUCAUGUGUAUUUUGUAUUAUUUGGUACAGAUUUUAGUUAUUGAAAAUGAUACGGCGACCGUGAUGGGAACAGUGAUAGCUGUUGAUUAUCAAAACGUUACUUUAAAUCAUCUAACACAAGCGAGCCCUAGUCUGUUGAAGAAGUUAGUGGCAGUCAGUCAGGAUUCACUGCCUCUUCGUCUAAAAGGCAGUCACCAUGUAAAUGUGCCGUCUGGUAUUGAAAUUAUAUUCAAGCUCGUAUCUGGAUUUCUAGGCGAAAAGGCAAGAGAAAGACUAAAGAUAUACAAAACAAACGAAGAUUUAUUAAAGAACUUACCAAAAGAAGUAAUGCCUACCGAAUAUGGAGGUACUGGGGGUCCAUUAAAUGAUAUAAUCGAGUAUUGGGCAAAGAAAAUAGUCGAAUACAGACCAUGGAUGGAAAAAGAAAUGGAGUUCGGAACUGACGAAUCAAAACGAACAAAUGAAAAUAUGUCAAACAAGGGGUCAUUCCGAAAACUGGAUAUAGAUUAAAAAAAUUACUCAAGUAUUUAAUAUAGAUAUCAAUAUGGUCAUAUGUGAAUCAAUUUAUGAAUGUAUUUUUUAAAUGUUCUUUUCUGAUUCUAAAAUCAAGGAAAUAACUUUUUUUUGAUUGAAUAACAACACACGAAAUGUAAUUUUAAAGAUUAUUAAAAUCUCUACAUUGGAAGUAUUAA